AUGUCGGCUAACCAGUCUCCCCUACAGAAAGCCCGGUCAUCUCCUCUAGCUGCUGAAACAAGCCCUCGUGUUCCUAAGACAAAGCGCCGGAGGCUUCCGAAUGCCUGCGACAUCUGCCGGAGGCAAAAAGGUAAGUCGGUUGUAACGGCAGCUCGAUGUGACAGUGCAGAGAUGCCGGGCAGACGGUGUUCUAACUGCAUCACUUUUGGGUCUGAAUGCACCCAUGCCUAUUUACCGCCACCACCCAAACCGCUUCCGACAACUGUUAUUCCUCCCCGCUCAGCGCAAGAGCACAUAUCUGCCAUCCUGUCAGGUUCUCAGGAGUACGCAGCCGGAAAUUAUCAGGUCCUCUUUGCAAUUGCCCAAUACGCGAGGAGGUUAGAAGAAGCCUUCAGUAUCAAGACCACACUUUCAGCACAUGAAAGCGCGUCCUCACAGCCAUACCCAUCUCCUGAAUCAUCUUCCGGAACGACAGACAUGAGUGGACCCACCGACGAGAGCGGGAAUUCGAUCGACAGUGAUGACGACGAUGGAGUCUUGUUGGACGAGAAAGUACCAUAUCGGCUGCGCCAACUCGCUCGGAACGUCGCAACAGAUCGUUUUUACGGGCGGUCGAGUAGCAUCAACUUCGUUAAAGCACUGAUCCAGGCGAAAGUGGACGCAACUGGCCAGAAUAUACCGCCUCAAAUCCAAUGGGCUCGUCCGCAGUUCUGGGGAGUCAAACAUUGGGAAGUACCGUUUGAAAUCUACGUGCCACAGAUAUUUCCGGAGCCCGACCUUUUCGACUCGCUCGUUAAGCUUUAUUUUCUGCACGUCAAUCCGGUUGUUUCUCUUUUGCACGCUCCCACCUUCCAUCGUGCUGUUUCUGCCGGACUGCAUCUCGUUGACCAAAAAUUUGGAUCUGUUGUGCUUGCUGUCUGUGCCAUCGGAGCAAAGCUCUCGGACGACCCUCGAGUACUACUUGAAGAGACGGGCGACCUUGGCAGCGCUGGCUGGCGAUGGUGGAGUCAGGUCCGCGCUAUACCAACAAGUUUUGUGACCUGCGCGACAUUAUACGAACUUCAGCUCAUUAGUUUAGCGUCUCUCUAUCUUGGGGCCUCGUCAACACCGGAGGUGUGCUGGACGACUGUUGGCGCAGGCCUACGAAUGGCCACUGACGUCGGUGCGCACAAGAAAAUGCGGUCCAACGGAGACACCGUCCACGCGGAGCUUUACAAACGAGUCUUUUGGUUGCUGCUUUGCUCCGACGCAGUCAUGAGCACUUUGCUGGGACGUCCUCGGGGGGCUUGUUGGACGCAUGUCGACCUCGACUACCCAGUACCGAUGGAAGGGGAAGAUCCAAUUGUUCGCCCCUAUAAUACCUCGCUCAUAAAAUUACUCGACAUCCAAUCGCAAAUUCAUAAUGCAAUCCAUGGUACGAAGGAUCUGCAACGUCGUCAACAAAUGGUCGCUGGGCUUGAGUGGGUACUAUCAUUGGCGUUUGCUUCUGCUAAGCGCCACGGUACAGCUCUGCACUCAAUCAAUGGGUCGAUUCUAUACCCCAAGACUGCAAUGCGAUGGGAUCCGAGCCAGCCAAACCCGAUACGCAUGAAUCAAUCCGCCACCCUCUACACGUUGUACUAUGUUUGUUGUUCACCUUCCCCAGUGGCAUCAGCGCAAAUCCAUCUACAUCGCCCGUUCAUACAACCUAAAAGCCCGUCGUUAUCAGCGAACUCCUUCCCUUCGCUGACAAUUUGCUGGAACGCCGCACGCUCAUGUGGCCAUGUCAUGGAAAUUCAAUGCAAAAACGGUCCAGGUCUCCUUUGGCUUCCACACGUCUCAUCAGCAAUGUUUGAUUCUGCCACUGUGCUGCUCAUGUGCGGGUUCUCUCGCUCGCGCGCGACGGUGGACGAGAAUAUCCUGCGUUGUCUCAAUGUACUCCGGACGUAUGAACCACGAUGGCAAACGGCUGGUCGGCUGGUGGACAUUCUGGAGGGGAUGCUUGAAGUUGGAAAGAUGCCUGCCUCACUCAAGCGUUCGAGAGACGGCGACGAAGAGCCUUCAUUCGAUGCAAACAAUACCACAUUUCCCGCCAUCGACAAUCAGUUUUACAUGCCACUACGGACAGAAGAUCUGGGACGAUUACCAACGCAUUCAGAGCUAGAUAUUGACCCACUAUUGUGGGAUCCAGAAUUAUUCAUGGCACUACAGGCGAUCGGUGCAAAUGAGACGAUCGAUCAAAUCGUGCAGAAUGAUCUGAGCUCCAGCGAAGUUCCUGCGGAACACAGUGGGAAUUGGAAUCGUCUGCAGUAA